AUGUCGAAACCGAUUUUGACGGUCGUCACGCGUUUUAGGGGACAGCAGCUGAAGGGAGACUUGAGACUCCACUCUCGCCACCCACCCCAUGCAUACGGUGCAGCGGCGGCGCUAGGUCGCUGCCAGAAAGUGAGACACGCCGUCGACCUCCUCCAGCCGCUGAACGCCCCCGACCUCCUCGUCACAGUCUCCGGACCUUCAGCCGCCGGAUUUGACGUGACCCUCACCGCUUCUGGCCAGCGGCCUAGCAAAUCGGCCGACGACUUGCGGCUUCUAAUGGCGGAUCCGGUGUCCGCUGCUGUCGCUGUAGGGUGGGCCAUGAAGGCCGCUGGGUGGGUCGCCUCGCCCAUCAUCUCUGAGCUUUACAAGAAAGCCUCCUCCUUCCUCAACUUUGAUGCGUCGCGGAAGCUCAAGGAACUCGAGCCAAAGAUUUUGCUGCUACAGCGCGUGCUGGAAAUGGUUGAGGAGAGCCCUGACAGGCCUCGUCUGGAGCAGCUGUUCACGGAUCUUAAGUCUGCUUUCUACCAAGCAGAGGACAUCUUGGAUGAUGUUGAGUAUUACCGUCUCGAGAAACAGAUACAAGAUGACUAUCUCAAGUUAGAGGUCGCCGCGCCUCAACUCAACAAGAAUCGCAUGAAGAAGCUCUUCAAGUCUGCCAUCAAAAAGUGCAACCCCCUGAAAAAUGAGGAUUGUGGCAUGUCAAAAAAUGAGUUGAAGCAGAGCCUAAAGAAAAUAGAAACGGUCAUAAAUGACGCAUGUGAAUUUUUUGAACAGAUGAACUUGCCAAAGAAAAGUAACGCUAAUUUGAGCAAACCUGGCAACUCACGAGGUGCAGUCACUACGGCGAGGCCUCCAUCUGUGGUAUUCGGACGAGAUAAAGAUUGUGAUAACAUAGUAGCAAUGCUUCAUGAUAAGGAAGAAUAUGCUCAACCAGACACCAAUAGGGCUCAAUGUUAUUCCAUAAUCGGCAUUCAUGGCAUCGGUGGUUCUGGGAAAUCAACCCUUUCACAACUUGUUUGUGCUCGUGAGGAAAAGGAUGAUCAUUUCAACCUUGUUAUGUGGGUUCACGUUUCUCAAGAUUUUAGUGUGGAUACCAUUUUCAGGCAGAUGUCUGAGGCCGCUACCAGGAUCCCGUGCCCUCAGUUCAGUAAUCUUGACACCUUACAAACUAAUUUGGAGAAGGAACUGCCUGGAAAACGGUUCCUCUUGGUACUAGAUGAUGUUUGGUACAAUAAUAGAGAUGUGAGGCAGUAUGAGAAGCUGCAACAGAUACUUUCACCAAUGAACGCUGGAGAGGCAGGAAGCAAGAUCCUGGUGACUAGUCGAACUAAAGAUGCAUUGUUAGCUCUGGGCGCUGCAGAGCAGAGAUGUAUUCCCAUGUCAGUCCUAGAUGAAGAUGUUUUCCUGAAUUUAUUCAAACAUUAUGCAUUUCACAAUGUAAGUGUUGAUGAUCAUGUCCGAAGAAUACUUGAAGAAAUUGGGAACGACAUUGCAAAAAAGUUGAAGGGAUCACCUCUAGCGGCCAAAAUUGUUGGAGGGCAGCUCCGUAUGAAGCCAAACAUUGAUUACUGGAGAAGUUCCCAAGAUGGGAACCAUUUGGAUGACACCAUGGGAUGUCUGUGGUGGAGCUACCAACAUCUUGAUGAACAGGUCAGACGAUGCUUUGCUUACUGCAGUAUUUUUCCUCGGAGACGUCAGUUGGAACAACAUGAGUUAGUUAAGCUUUGGGCUGCAGAAGGGUUUGCUAGAAGUAGCGAUGAAGGGAAGGAUUCAGAAGAUGUUUGCCAGGGAUACUUUGAUGAACUAGUGUCAGCCUCAUUUCUGCAACCUGAAGUAAAGAUGGACGCCGAUGAAAUGGACACUUAUCAAGUUCAUGAUCUGUUGCUUGAUUUAGCGGAUAAGGUUGCUGGAAGUGAUUGUUUCAGAAUCGAGAAUCAACGGAAAUGGUCAGGAGAUAGCUGGAUAAUGGAAGGAUGUGAAAAAGAAGUUCCCCCAGACGUCCGCCAUGUUUUUGCUCAGACCUAUGAUUCAGAAUUGAUCAUUGAGAAGAUAUGUAAACUGGACAACCUGCGUACUCUCAUCAUUGAUAGUGUACAAUGGAGAAAGCCAGUUGAGGAGAAAGUCCUCAAGAGUCUGUUUGUGAGGCUAAGGAAGUUGCGGGUGCUUAUAAUACCUAGUGAUCAAGGUAUGUUGUCAGUCCCAGAUUCUAUUGGCCAGCUAAGGCAUCUACGGUAUCUUGCUUUUAUGGCUAGACAUGGUUCAGACAGCAGACUGGUUUUACCAGGCACUUUGACCAAGCUUUACCAUAUGCAGGUUCUAGAUUUUGGUAAUAUUAGUGAUUUGGUGUUUGACUCGUGUGAAGAUAUGUUUAGCCUCAUCAACUUGCGACAUAUAAUCCGAAUGCCGUUUCGGGAAAUUCAAAGCAUUGGCAGGCUGACAUUACUUCGAACGCUGGAAACAUUUGAAGUAAGAAAGGAACAAGGGUGCGAGUUAAAGCAACUCAGCGACCUAAACCAGCUUUGCGGCAAACUGACAAUCCUGGGCCUCCAAAACGUUGAAAGCCAGCAGGAAGCUCUUGAAGCCAAGCUAGCCGAUAAAAAAGGGCUCAGAACAUUGGAACUGUGGUGGAAUUAUGAUGAGUGGGCAGAGUUAAAAGAAAAGGAAGUUCAGACAGAGGUACUAGAAGGUCUAUGCCCACAGAAGCUUCUCAAAUCACUGAGUAUGUACAAUUACCAGGGUUUGAGAUACCCAAGUUGGAUGAUGGGUAAGCACAAUGGUGGCCCAAAGUAUCUGAACACACUCAGCCUGUACUGUUGCAGCACAGAACUUGGCCCAGAACUUGGUGGGUUUUGCCCUUACCUCCGUUCACUCUUUAUCUUCGGUUGCAGCUGGGACACCUUGCCAGAUCAUAUGGAGUACCUGACGUCACUGAAGGACCUGGGCCUUGAUCGCUGCCAGAAUAUUCGGUCGCUUCCAACGCUGCCUCAGUGUCUUGAGCGCUUCAGACUCAGUCGCUCCAAUGAGAUGUUGAUGAGCUCGUGCAGAACAGUUGGAGAUCCCAAUUGGGAAAAGUUUCAGCACGUUCCUGUAGCAUAUGUUGAUGGCUACCGGCUGGAAACGAGAGCCCAAUAUACUUCAUCACCAGAGCCUGAGACCCCUAAAACGUGAAGCCGUUUGAUCCUUUAACCUGCCUACCAAUAUACUUAGUCCGUUGUAUGUCACUGAUUUUAUGAGUGAAGUGGUGCUGCCGCGGUCACCGCGUCAUCGGCUGGCUACACGAUGCAGAAUUUGAUCAUGUAUGCAAAUGAUUCACACUGGGUUCCCUCCCUCCAAGUGGGCUAUAUUUGGUCCUUGAUGGCGAGACGUGCAACUGUAUCCUGUAAAAAUGCUGUGAAACCAUUGAGCACUGAACUCAUCAUUGAUAGUGCAUGAUGGACACAACCAGUUGAGGAGAAAGUCCUGGAGAGUAUGUUCAAGAGGCUAACGAAGUUGGGGGUGCUUACCAUACCUGUCUAUUAUGGAAAAGGAAAAGGAAAUGAAGGGAGUAUAAUCAUAAUGCCGUGUCAGAAUAUUCCAAGCAUUGGCAGGAUGACAUUACUCCGGGAUAGAAACUUUGAAAGUAAGAAAGCGACAAGGCUACGGGUUAAAGCAACUCAGCGACCUAAACCAACUUCGUGGCAGACUGAUUAUCUGGGACCUAAACCAGGAAUCUCUUGAAGCCAAUCUGUACGAUAAAGAAGGGCUCAGAACAUUGGUACUGCUGUGGGGUUAUGAUAAGAGAGGAGAUUUAAAAGAACAGGAGGUUCAGACAGAGGUACUAGAGGGUCUCUGCCCACCGAAGUAUCUCGAACCAUUGAUUAUACAGUGCUACAAUGGUUUGAGAUACCCAAGUUGGAUGAUGGGUGCUAAGCACAAUGGUGGCCCAAAGUAUCUGAACGAACUCACCCUCGAGUCUUGCAGCACAAAACUUGGUCCUGAAUUUUGUGGGUUUUUCUCUCACCUCCGUAAACUCAAAAUAAGCGAUUGCAGCUGGGGCACCUUGCCAGAUAACAUGGAGCACCUGACAUCACUGAAGGACCUGACCGUGGAUUUCUGCCGGAAUAUUCGAUCGCUUCCGCGGUCUCUUGAGCACUUGAGACUGCAUGGAUGCAAUGAGAUGUUGAUGAGAUCGUGCACAACAGUUGGAGAUCCCGAUUGGGAAAAGCUUCAGCACGUUCCUGAUGUAUAUAUUGAUGGUAUAUCACCAUAUCUUCCUUGUCAAGAGUUUUCGUGAUCGUUUCCUAAUCUGUUUGCUAAAGUGUCAAACACCAGGCGACAGGGUGGAGACGAGAGCCCAAGUAGAUGGCGGAUCUUCAUCAUCAGCGCCCAAGAACCUGUUCCGCAGCCCUAUGGCGUGGAAGUCGUGUGAUCCUUAAACCUGCCUGCCAAUAUACUUGGUCCAUUCCAUUGUAUGUCACUGAUUUUGAGAGUGAAGUGCUGCUGCUGCAGUCACUGCGUCAUCAGCUACACGGCGCAGGAUUUGAUCAUGUUUGCAAAUGUUGUGCACUGGUUUUAUUUGUUCCCUCCCUAUGGGCCAUAUAUGGUCCUUGAUAACGUCCAACUAUGUCAUGUAAUAAGGGAAAAGAUUUCCGUCGGUCGGAUGAAAACAAGAAAUGUCACCCCCCUUGCUCUUC